UCUUGUUCGUGCUUAACUAGAGACUGUGUCGUCGUAAUUUAUUCUAAAUGUUCUAGAAGGUGCAGUUUUCACAUUAUGCUCAAUUACUAAAUUUUUUAAACUUAAUUGAAAUUAUUUAAUAUUUAAUUUUCAAUCAAGAUUCGGAUGUGUACGUGCAUAGAACACAACUUUAUUUACAUAAACAAAAGUGUAUUGCUAAUAUUAUAUUUUUAAGCUUUUACUGGCUAUGAACUUAGAUCUUCAGUGUUAUUCGAGUUAGGAUGUAAAUAGGGGCUUAUAGAAACAAAAAUGUCAGCAGCCCCAGAAACACUGCCACCACCAAGUGCUCAAGGUCACACGCCGGCCAGGCCUACUCAUAUGUCCGCACCUCGACGUACGCCGGGUAAACACACCGUGCAUUGGUUCCGGAAAGGAUUGCGAAUCCACGAUAACCCCGCCCUUCGAGAGGGCAUUAUAGACGCUGUCACAUUCCGAUGCGUCUUUAUAAUAGAUCCAUGGUUCGCCAGCUCUUCAAACGUUGGCAUAAACAAAUGGAGAUUCCUAUUGCAAUGUUUAGAGGAUUUAGAUAAAAGUUUAAAGAAGCUUAAUUCGAGGCUAUUCGUUGUUCGCGGUCAGCCCGCGGAUGCGUUGCCAAAAUUGUUUCGAGAAUGGGGUACAACAGCAUUAACCUUUGAAGAGGACCCUGAGCCUUACGGCCGCGUACGCGAUCACAAUAUUAUAUCUAAAUGUCGUGAAGUUGGCAUAACAGUGACCUCUCGCGUCUCACAUACUUUAUACAAAUUGGACAAAAUAAUAGAACGCAAUGGUGGUAAAGCUCCGUUAACAUAUCAUCAGUUCCAAGCGUUAAUCGCCAGUAUGCCGCCCCCUCCACCGGCCGAAGUUACAAUAACUCCGCAAAUGCUCAAUGGAGCCACUACACCGAUUACUGAUAAUCACGAUGAUCGUUUUGGAGUCCCCACAUUAGAAGAGCUUGGAUUCGAAACCGAGGGACUAAAGCCACCAAUAUGGAUAGGCGGAGAAAGUGAAGCUUUAGCCAGGUUAGAGAGGCAUUUAGAGAGAAAAGCCUGGGUGGCUUCAUUUGGAAGACCCAAAAUGACACCGCAAUCAUUGCUGGCGAGCCAAACGGGACUAUCACCAUACUUAAGAUUCGGAUGUCUGUCGACCCGAUUGUUUUACUAUCAAUUGACGGAAUUGUAUAAAAGAGUGAAACGGGUGCGGCCUCCGCUCUCUCUUCACGGACAAAUAUUAUGGAGGGAGUUCUUUUACUGUGCUGCGACAAGAAACCCAAAUUUCGAUCGCAUGGAAGGAAAUCCUAUAUGCGUUCAAAUACCUUGGGAGAAGAAUCAGGACGCUCUAGCGAAAUGGGCAAAUGGGCAAACCGGAUACCCUUGGAUUGAUGCCAUAAUGAUUCAAUUACGAGAAGAGGGCUGGAUUCACCAUUUAUCGCGACACGCUGUAGCCUGCUUUUUGACAAGAGGAGAUCUUUGGAUUUCAUGGGAAGAAGGAAUGAAGGUGUUCGAUGAGUUACUCCUCGACGCAGACUGGUCGGUGAACGCAGGCAUGUGGAUGUGGCUCUCCUGCUCGUCGUUUUUCCAACAAUUUUUCCACUGUUACUGCCCUGUGCGUUUUGGAAGGAAAACCGACCCUAAUGGUGAUUUCAUAAGGAAAUACAUACCGGCUCUGAAGAACAUGCCAACGCGCUACAUACACGAGCCGUGGAUGGCCCCGGAGUCUGUGCAGGCGGCCGCCCAGUGCAGCAUCGGACGUGACUACCCCAUGCCGAUGGUCGACCACACCAAGGCCUCGCAGAUAAAUAUCGAACGUAUCAAACAGGUCUACGCACAACUCGCCCGAUAUAAGCCUCAAGCUACGCUAAAUGCUAAUGCAGUCCAGCGACCCAACGUGUUGCAGUCGUCGCCAAGUCCGACAUCAAUAAUCGCCAGCAUCAACCAGUCCAACUUCUUGUGCAGCCAAACUCCGGAUCCACAAAACGCUACAUCGCAUUCGUUCAAAGAGCCGUCAGACACAUUCCCAAUAAACAAAAAAAACAAAGAUACCGAAUCGAACCAAACUCGCUACAAACGAGUAAUUAUCGUGCAAAAAACACGCAAUUCUAAUGUGGAAAUUAAUGUAUCCGCUCCACAAGAUCGGAGAGCUUCAGAUAAUUAUAUCACAAUUAAUGAGGGAGAUCCUGCACACAGUACAGACGCAAAAAAACAAGAAAAUAAUUACGAUUUCAAAAAUUUGGCUAUCGACAAUCAUAUCCGAGGGUUUAAUAACAUUCAAAAUAUAAAUUCUCAAUAUUAUUUAACUAAUUAUUCUACUAAGAAGAAAGAAACUGAAAUAAAAAAUGAAACAGACGAAGGUCCAUUUGUGCGCCCGGAAAGUUAUGGCACAGACAGGGCUUACACAAUCAACCGUUGCCCUUCCAUGUCAAAUGAAAAAGAAUUUGAAACGCCCAAAGAAAAUCUAAAACAAUAAAACUUGGAAAAAAAAUCGUUUUGGAAUAAAUAAAAAAUAUUAUACAAAAUAAAUAAAGAUAUACACAAAACAAACAAUACAUAAAGUUUUUUUUAAAUUAAAAACGUUCACUGCGACUAGGUGAGAUACGUGAAACAUUUAUUACAUACAUUUUUACAUUUCAAAUACCCGGCAUCUUAAAAAGUAGAAUCCUUAAAAGCAUUUUUGAUAAAAUUCUUUUACCACCUGUGUUUUUUAUUCAGGUGCUUCUCGUAGGGGUAUAGAGCCUUCAAAAGUUUAUCAGUUAUAGGGCCGAUAAUCGCCUAAAUAAAUGAAUUCAUGACAUUCGGAAAAACACAGGAAAAGUUAUACCUUUGGGUUUUUGUUAUUAGAUCACGGAACCCAGAAAAGCUCUGAAAUCUGUAUCUAUCACUACAACUUUGAAUAUUUUAGGUUGAUUUUUUUGGUGUGAUUUAUUUAAAAUAUUUUGAUAGUUUUUUUUUAAUGAUUUCGUUCUGAACAUACUUAGUGAUAGGAAACGUAAAUUAGAUGUUUUUAAAAUGUACAUUUAAAUAUUAUGUAAGAACUAGUAGUACUAUGAACUAGUUUAUGUAUACAAGUUUAUAUUUCAAUUUGUAGUGAAUAACACAAAAUUAUAAUAAUAUUGUUAAAUUUCUGGACCAGCAAUAGCAACAUAGAGCAGAGCGUCCGUAGAUGUUGCAUCAUCACCAAUAUUUAACUGCUUUAAGAACAGGCUCGAACGAUUCUCCAAAUGUCUGUCCGCCUUAUUAAGCUUAUUAAGCCACAAAUAAUCAUCUCUAUGUUCGAGAAAGAGCAAGCAAACCAUUAAACAAAUUGGUGUUUUUUAAGCAUGCGGUAGGCAGCGGCUUGGGUCUGCCACUGACAUUGCUGAAGUCCAUGGGCGACGGUAACCACUCACCAUCAGAUGGGCCGUAUGCUCGUCUGCCUACAAGGGCAAUAAAAAAAAGCAUUUAGUAAGUAAUGCGAAGCUUGGCUGAAAUCAACUGUUGCAGUGCAGAUUAUAUUAUGACAGUUUUCGAAAACUGUCAUAAUAGUAUUUCCGACGAUAAUAAUUGGUGCUGAUAAUGAAUCCUUACACACAAAAACACUUUGAAUGUGAGGUAGAUAUAACGAACUACAUAAUAUACGAACGUUUUUUUUGCAUUACACGCAUUUGAUAAUUAUUUAUUUAAAAGAAAUUGUUGUGUGUAUUAUUCGUUGUUUAGUUGUGCGUGCAUGUGUAUAGUUAUUAGUUAUUUAUUAAGGUAAUUUACUUAUUAUGUACAUUUACUGUGGGCCGAUUUACACAAGAAGAGUUUUUCGAAAAACCGCAAGCGAGAAUAUAAAACAUAUGAGUAGUUCAAACGUCGUAGAAGGGAAUCGUUCAGAAAUAUUCUUCAAAUGAAUACUGUCGCAUGUGUAUGUUCAUUAGUGCGCCAAAUAGUUCUCCAAAAUUCGACUUGAGUUGCAUUGACUUGGUGGUCACAACGUGACGUCACACGUGAUUAGAUUUCUAAAAAACUACAAAAUCAAUCGUGUCGCAGGACACUUACGUUACUAUAAAAACUCACCUUUGAAUAUGAAAAAAAAAAUACUACAGUACUAGCGUGUGAACUCUUGUUCCACUUGGAUGAAUUAUAAGCACAUGGCUACCAGCGACUUUACUCUUCGAGAAAUGUUGUUGAAACCUAGUAUGUUUUCAGAUAACCACUUUAGCGACGUGUCUUUUUCUAUUAAGUUGGUCGCAUAAUUGAGUGCGUUAGAACGUAAGCUGUCGCCAUCAAUCGUUAAAUACCUAAAUUGUUCGACGUACUCCUCUGAUGUAAAUCGGCCAUUAUUGAAAAUAAUCAAUUCUCAGUAUUCUCUGUAUCUUUAAUGUUUAUAGUGAUUAAGAAUGUUGUUUACAAACUUAUGUUCGUCUCCCAGACAGAAGUUAUUUCUGAGGUCAUGAGUUAUUGUGCAGAAUGAUUAAAUAAUGUUAAUAUUA